AUGGGAGCGUGCAUAGGCAGUGAAAAUAAUCUCAGAGUGAUAAGACUGAAGCAAGAAAAACAGCCUGACCCGAGAAAACUGGAUGAAAUAAGGUAUCAAAUAAAUAAAGCCAAAGCCUUAAAUGCUCCACUACUUAAUUUGGAGCUCAACAAAUUAUACAUGAAACGUAUGCAAUGGAUUCCUACUAGAGCAAGCAUAGAUGUAGAAGAUGGGCAAAACUGUGAGGCGGUAACGGUAGAGUAUUAA